AUGUCUCUACCCAUUUCAGCAGACAACCCUUUUCAGGUCUUGAUUGCCGAGUCAAAUGAUGAUCCAACUCAAUUGCAAUCGCGGUAUGAAAAGCACCGGACAAAUCGCAAUGAACAGCAGAGAGGGAAGAUUCUAGCAGAAGACUUCCCCGGCUGGUCUCUGGAUGAGAUUCUCAUGAAACUCGACGGACCCGCGAAAGAGGAAGAAUUCCUCGAUCCGCGCAAUUGCCUCGUGAUUUGGGCCCGGCCUCCUCCUCACGUCCAAGAUAUGAUCUCGUUCGUUCAAGAGGAAUUGAGGAAGGUUGCUCCGACGCUUUGGCUUAUGCCCCGGGAAAAUCUACAUACAACGGUCCUGGAAGUGGCCCAUUCUUUAACCGAGGCGCAGAUUGAUGAUCUUGUGAAAACGCUCAAGUCUUCCACAACAAUUACCCAGGCACAGAUUGCAGAACACCCACUUGCGCACCAGUCACGUCUUUUGAAGCCGAUGGUGAGCUUCGAUGCUUCCGCGAUGGCGCUUAGCUUUGCACCUGCUGCGGGCGAACCUUCUGCAGAACAAUCGGCUGGACAUGAUGAUCAAUAUACGUAUCAUCACCUUCGUCGAGAUGUAUUUGACAUGGUUCGAGCCGCUGGGAUUCCAGUUGCUUCGCGCUAUAUUGUUCCAUCGGCGCAUGUGACUAUCGCGCGUUUCAUCACUCAAGAUGGAUUCGAAGUCGCUGGCCAAGUUGAUCAUGCACGCGUGAAGCUGAUAAUCGAUAAAAUUGGCGAGAUCAACGAGAAAUUAGAAAGCAUGUAUUGGCCCCAGCCUGGUGACACUCAACCCGAAAAGGGUGAAUGGGUUGUUGGAAAGGGCCAAGGCCUUGUCAUUCGGAAAGGUCGUCUUUGGUAUGGAGGAGGAGAAAAUGUGUAG